AUGGGUUCUAUCAUAGAUGCUGCGCCAAAAGGCGCAUUUGGCUUGGUGAUGCAGAAUCCUUACCUCUGUGGAGUGGCUUCAUUCUCGACCCUUGGUGGUCUGUUGUUCGGAUAUGACCAGGGUGUGAUUAGUGGAGUGAUCACAAUGGAGUCCUUUGGUGCUCGCUUCCCUCGCGUCUUCUCGGAUAGCGGGUUCAAGGGAUGGUUUGUGUCAACUCUGCUGCUGGCUGCGUGGGCUGGGUCUUUGAUCAACGGACCCGUUGCUGAUCGUAUCGGACGUAAGCUAUCUAUCAAUGUGGCGGUGGUGAUUUUCGUGAUUGGAUCUGCUAUCCAGUGUGGUGCGGUCAACAUUCCAAUGCUAUUUACCGGCCGAGCAAUUGCCGGAUUAGCUGUGGGGAUGCUUACUAUGGUCAUUCCCUUGUACAUCUCUGAGGUGUCAAUUCCAGAAAUUCGCGGAGGGUUAGUAGUUGUACAACAGUUGUCUAUUACAAUUGGCAUCUUGGUCAGUUACUGGAUUAACUACGGUACCAACUACAUCGGUGGAUCCCGAUGCGCGCCAAACAUUCCUUUCACUGGUGGCACGGCUUCCAAACCUGCCUUCGACCCAUACCAGGAUGUGCCAGCUAGAGGCUGCACUGGCCAGUCAGAAGCCUCGUGGAGACUCCCACUCGCGAUUCAAAUCGCUCCUGCGGUCAUACUAGGAAUUGGAAUGCUGUUCUUCCCGGAUUCCCCACGAUGGCUCAUGAUGAAAGAACGUGACGAUGAGUCUCUGACCGCGCUCUCAAGACUCCGCCGACAAGAUCGCAGUAGCCCAGCCCUCCAAAAUGAAUACCUCGAGAUUCGCGCGUCUAUUAGGCUCGAGAACACCUUUGCGCGGGAACACUUCCCCAAUUUGUCAGGGUUUAGGCUGCAUGCUGCUCAGUAUAUGUCGUUCUUGACCACCUGGGCCCGGUUUAAGCGUCUGGCUAUUGGAUGCUGUGUCAUGUUCUUCCAGCAAUUCAUGGGUUGCAACGCUAUGAUCUACUACGCUCCAACUAUCUUUGGACAGCUCGGCCUCGAUGGUAACACCACCUCCCUCCUGGCGACUGGCGUCUAUGGCAUUGUCAAUUGCCUGAGCACUCUCCCGGCGCUCUUGUUCAUUGACAAGAUUGGCCGUCGCGUUCUGCUCAUGGCAGGUGCAACAGGCACUUGCAUCUCGCUAGUUAUCGUAGGUGGUAUUCUGGGAGGCUAUGGCUCUAGCUUGAUGGACCAUAAGUCGGCUGGCUGGGCCGGAAUAGCAUUUAUCUAUAUCUACGACAUCAAUUUCUCUUACUCGUUUGCUCCCAUUGGCUGGGUCCUUCCUUCCGAGAUCUUCAACCUUUCAAUUCGUUCGAAGGCCAUAUCCAUCACAACUUCGGCUACCUGGAUGUGCAACUUUAUUAUCGGCCUCGUCACUCCGGACAUGCUUGACUCGAUCACUUGGGGAACAUACAUCUUCUUUGCUGCUUUUUGCCUCUUGGCUCUAGCGUUCACAUUCUUCUGUAUUCCCGAGACACGCGGGAAGACGCUCGAGGAUAUGGAUCUCAUCUUUGGAGAUACUGCCGCACACGAAGAAAAGGAGCGCAUUAAGCAUAUUGAGGCUGAGUUGCGGGGGACGCAGAUUGACGAGCAUGAUGAUUUCAAGCCCGUGGAUCAGCAUAUGGAGCACGUAGACACUGUUUGA